AUGCAUUGCUUACAUGUUCUUGGUGGUGGUCUUCCUAUCGGUUCAGUUCUUCUCAUAAAAGAAGACAAAUUUACCGGUUACGCCAAGCUCUUGUUGAAAUAUUUUAUCUCUCAAGGUAUUGCAAGUGAAAACGAAUUACUUGUUGUGGGUGAUGGCGUAGAGAAUAUGUGCGAUGGAUUAAUGUGGCUGAGCGAGGACAAGGAUGGGGAUGAUAAGGAAAAGUCUACUUCAAAAGAAAAUGAGGAUGACCGAAUGGCGAUCGCUUGGAGAUACAAAAAGUUGGGAAAGUUCGAGUCGGGAAUACCGACAGGAAGAGGCAUUCCAUCGAUGACUUUAUCAAAGCAACUUUCGAAAACAGACGCUUCUCGACCUUUUUGUAAUACUUUUGACCUGACAAGGACAAUUCCAGAAGCGAUUGUACGAGACGCAUCCCUAUCUUUGCUAGACAUUAACGAUAUUAUUAAAGGUAGCGGUGACACAAGAUUGUAUGACCAAAUUCUUCAGAAAAUAAGAACAAUGGUGAAAGAGAAGGGCUUAAGCAAUGUAGAGGCAUCUAAUGCUCGCGAACAAGUUAAUACACUUCGGAUUGGUAUUGAAUCAAUUGAUUCUCCAGGAUGGCCGCCACAACGUCCAGGUGAAGUUUUUAAAUUCUUCCAUGCUCUGCGCGGACUCUUACGCUCAUCAAAUGCAGCUGCCGUCAUAACAAUAUCCGCUCAUUUAUAUUCUGACGACUCUCAAGAUGUUGUCAGGCGAAUUGAGCACAUGUCUGAUGCUGUAAUAGAGUUGGAUUCAUUUGCUGCAAGGCCGGAAACUGCUGAUACGCCAUAUUGUCAGGAUUAUCAUGGUCUUUUUUAUGUCCAUAAACUACCGGUGAUAAAUUCUCUUCUUUCACCGUCGACAAAACUAUCAAUACUCUUGGGGAGUGGGCAUAGUAAUUUGGGAUUCAAGCUAAGGCGAAAGAAGUUUUCGAUUGAGACAUUCCAUCUUCCGCCAGAAGGAGGCGUUAGUGAAAGAAGGACUGGACCGGAUAAGCAGAAGGGGACUGGGGAGACGGAAUCAAAAAUUGCAGGCAAAGUUACCAGUGUCGGUUGUGGCUCACUGCCUGGAAAGACGGAUUUAUACGAGUUUUAG